AUGCGGAUGUGUAGUUUAGAAUACACAUGGUAUUCCGUGUGCUUGUCACACCUUCUUCGCCGUGCAGAACGGGCGUCUCUAUACUGUCAGGAGGUUGAUCCAUUUUGGUACAGACUAGCCAUUGGUGAUGGUACAGAUUCAGCUGAGAUAUUAUCUGAGCGCGAUCAGGACCGUCAGUUCUUCAUGUCAUUAGUGACCGAGGUACAGGCUAGGGAUCCCGCGAUCAUGAGGUCUGUUUCUCGGGUACUCCAACUUGAAUUGUACCCCGACCGUCGUUCAUUUGAGGAGCCAGAAGUUAAUGCGACGAGUAAAGGUCGAGGAAAGUUGAACAAGGGCUUGCGACGGAACAAAAGUGGGUUUGAGCACGUUAUGGGCAAGUCUACGAGUAGUGGCAAAUCUUCUGCGGCCACUGGAUGGAGAUUCGAUAUGGAACGUUUUCCAUACUUUCAUAGACUUCCACUGACCAUCCAAGAGCAUAUUGAAGGCUGGCUUGAUGUAGUUGCCGAUGGUAAUUGCGGUUUUCGAUGCGUAGCAGAUGCUUUUUGUUCGGGUCAAGACAAUUGGGACAUUGUACGUCGAACUACGGUGAGUGAAUUGCAUCAAAAUGGUCCUCUGUUUCAUUGGAUAUAUGGUGAUGAUCUGAAUGAGGCAAUUACGCGUAUUACAUGGGAAGGUGAACGUUGCGGGGAGGAACACUAUAUGGAGGUCCUUGCAGAUUUGUACCCCAUUGCGAACCAUUACAGAUGCACAAUCUUUUUUUUCGGUCUAAAUGGUCGUUUUGGUAUGUCGGCUACAAUUCUUCCAGUUGAUGUUGGAGGUAGGAACGCUCUGCCACAAAGAGAGUUAGCCAUAGCUCAUCUUGGGAGUUACAAGCAUUUCAUUCGGCUACAACUUAAGCAAGGACACCCGGUCCCUCAGAUUCCUCCACCAUGGUUUAGAGUUGCUUCCCAAAAUGUUCUUUCUUGGGCACAACAUUAUUCAAGACGGACACAACGUUGGGAUUCAUCGUCGACCUCUACGACUCGAACAACGACUACAACUAUUGAUUAG